AUGGCCGCGGCGGGCGGGAGGGACGGAGGGAGAGAAGCCGGGAGCGCGCCGGGGGGGCCGCUCUGCGCAUGCGCGACUCGCGUCCCCCGCACACUGCGCACGCGCGACUCGCGUCCCCGCCUCACCGCGCACGCGCGACGCGCGGCCCCGCCCACUGCGCACGCGCGGCUCGCGCCCCCGCCCACUGCGCACGCGCGACGCGCGGCCCCCAGCCCCACCGCGCAUGUGCGUGCCGACAUCCGGGGCCCACUGGAGCCGCACUGCGCAGGCGCGGCGCGGGCCCCGGAGCGAGCGUGUGCGCGCGCAGCCGGCCGCUCUUCCCGCCAUAAAGUGCUUCCCGCGCCGCGAAUGGCCUCGCGCAACCGCAUUGGCGUCUACAUCUUCACCGCCUCCUCCGGGGGCCUGCCGCCCACCGAGAUCACCUUCGCCAAGCUGCUGCGGGAGCGCGGGUACGCCACCGCCCUCAUCGGCAAGUGGCACCUGGGCCUGAACUGCCACAACCGCACGGACUUCUGCCACCACCCGCAGCGGCACGGGUUCGAGCACUUCUUCGGGACGCCCACCACCAACGUGCGCGACUGCCGGCCGGGCGCGGGCACCGUGUUCGGCGCGGCCUACCGCUGGCUGGUGCUGCUGCCGCUGCAGCUGCUGGCGCUCGCCGCCCUCACGCUGGCGCUGCUGCGCCGCCUCGGCCUGGCACGCGUGCCCGCCGCCGCCUUCGCGCCGCUGGCGUUGCUGGCGGGCGCCGUGCUGCUGGGCUUCCUCGCCUUCCGCCACUACUUCCGGCCCCUCAACUGCUUCCUCAUGCGCGGCUUCCGCGUCGCCCAGCAGCCCACCUCCUUCCGCAACCUCACCCAGAGGCUCACCGCCGACGCCACGCGCUUCAUCCGCAGGCACGCGGGGGCGCCCUUCCUGCUGUUCGUGUCCUUCAUCCACGUGCACACGGCCCUCUUCGCCAGCCCCGACUUUGCCCACAAGAGCCGCCACGGCGCCUACGGGGACGCCGCCGAGGAGAUGGACUGGAGCGUCGGGCAGGUGCUGGACGUGCUGGACGAGCUGGGCCUGGCCAACGACACCCUGGUGUACUUCACGUCUGACCACGGGGCGCACGUGGAGGAGGUGAGCGCGCAGGGCGAGCGGCACGGCGGCAGCAACGGCGUCUACAAAGGAGGCAAAUCCAACAACUGGGAAGGAGGCAUCCGGGUGCCGGGCAUCGUGCGCUGGCCGGGGGUUCUGCAAGCCGGCCUGGAGAUAGACGAGCCCACCAGCAACAUGGACGUCUUCCCCACCGUCGUCAAGCUGGCCGGGGCCCCGCUGCCCCAGGACAGGGUGAUCGACGGCCGCGACCUGAUGCCGCUGCUGCUGGGCGAGCGGGCGCGCUCCGAGCACGAGUUCCUCUUCCACUACUGCAACGCCUACCUCAACGCCGUGCGCUGGCGCCCGCCCAACAGCUCGUCGGUGUGGAAGGCCUUCUUCUUCACGCCCAAGUUCAGCCCGCCGGGCUCCAACGGCUGCUUCGGCACGCACGUGUGCCUGUGCCACGGCCGCCACGUGUCCCGCCACGACCCGCCGCUGCUCUUCGACGUGUCCCGCGACCCCGGCGAGCGGCGCCCGCUCUCGCCCGCCACCGAGCCGCGCUUCCACGACGUGCUGCGCGCCGUGCGGGCGGCCGUCGCCGACCACCAGGCCACCCUCGCCCGCCACGUGCCCGACCAGCUCUCGCUCGCGCACCUGCUCUGGAAGCCGUGGCUGCAGGUCUGCUGCCUGGAUGCCGCCGACGCCGCCUCCUCGUCCGGGCUGGGCUGCCGCUGCGACGGGGGCCAGCGCUAG